AUGCAGAGGGGCGUGAGACAGGUUGCGGGGUGUGGGCGGCGGCGGGGCGCGGCGCGGCGUUGCGGUGCGCGAAGCUCAGCUUCCAUCGUUGAGCCGUCACCAAGCGCAGGUCUGGCGGAGCGCGGCGCCGGGCGGAAACGAAGAGGCGACCGGCAGCUGCAGGGCCACCGGCGGCGGGACCACUCUCGGCCGGGCCGGGAGCCGCGCCCGUCGGAGCCGUCGCCCCAGCGCGGUGCGCGGCCUUCCGCCCGGCGCCCGGCGCCCCAGGGUGCGGCCGCCAAGAAUGUCCGGGCCUCGGGGAGCGGGACCCCCGCCGGCGCUCGCCGCCCGCGGGUGAAGAAGAAAGUCCGGCCGCGCUCGGCCCGCAGCGAAGACGCCUCGUCGUGGAGCGAGGAGACCUCCCGGAGCGAAGAGGCGGCGGCCUCGGCCGGAGUUUUGACCCGACCUGCAGACGUGGCCCCGGCCCGCAAGGACGGGGGGACGCAGACGGAAGAGGUGGUCCAGCCCGAAGAGGGGGACUGGAGGAGGGACAUGGCGGCGGCCGGCCUCAGCGUGACCGUCACCCACAGCAAUGAGAAGCAUGACCUUCAUGUCACCCCGAAGGAGGGUUGUAGUGAACCAGUUCUCCAAGACCUGGCCCAGGUUGUUGAAGAUGUCACAGGGGUCCCGCUGCCUUUUCAGAAACUCAUCUUUAAGGGAAAAUCUCUAAAGGAGCUGGAAAAACCAUUAUCAGCACUUGGAAUUCAAAAUGGGUCUCGGGUCAUGUUAAUUGGGAAAAAGACCAACCCAGAAGAAGAGGUUGAACUAAAGAAGCUGAAAGAUUUGGAAAAUUCUGUGGACAAGAUAGCUGGCCAACUGGAAGUACUGAAUGAAGAUCUUACUGGACUCCAAAAGGGUUUUCUGGUGAAAGAUUUACAAGCUGAAGCACUCUGCAAACUCAGUAGGAGGGUCAAAGCUACAAUUGAGCAGUUUAUGAAGAUCUUGGAGGAGAUUGAUGCGCUGAUUCUGCCAGAAAAUUUCAAAGACAGCAGGCUGAAGAGGAAGAGCUUGGUGGUUAAGGUUCAGGCAUUUCUAGCUGAAUGUGAUACAGUGGAACAGACCAUCUGCCAGGAGACAGAGCGAUUGUAACCCACAGACUUAGCUUCAAUGAAGAAGUGUGGUGAGGGGGUGAGAUUUAGCCUCCCUGAAGAACAGCAUCCCAUGUUCUUCCAUGUCUGGAAACACCACCAGAUUCUUCUGGACCACUGGAAAUUCUUGCCUGUUUUCCUACUUGUGCACCUGUGCCCAGUGAACAAGAAUUGCCUUUGCAACCUGA